AAGAAAUUCUUCCCGAUGAGGGCGGUGAGGCACAAGUUGCCGAGGGAAGCUGUGUCUGCCCCUCCCUGGAGGUGCUCAAGGCCUGGUGGAUGGGCUGUGGGCGGCCUGGUCCCACGGGAGGGGGUGGAACUGGAUGAUCUCCAAGGUCCCUUCCACCCCAAUCAUCCCGUGACGCCCAGUGUGGGGCAGGGCCGGGCUCCAUCCGCGCCACCGCGGCCACUGGGGGGGUUUGAUCCGAUCCGGAAGCUCGGCCACCGCCCCCGCCGCUCUCUCUCGGCUGAAGGGAAGGCAGUGCUAAUAACAGGCUGUGACAAAGGUUUUGGACAUGCCUUGGCAAAGCAGCUUCACACAAAGGGAUUUACUGUUUUUGCUGGAUGCUUGCUAGCGGACAAGAAUGGAGAUGGAGCCAGGGAGCUGAAGAACAUGAAGUCGGAUCGCAUGCAAGUGCUGCAGGUGGAUGUAUGCAGUGACGAGGAGGUAGCUCAGGCUGUGGAUUUUGUGAAGAGGACCCUGAAGGAGCCAGAAGAAGGUCUAUGGGGCUUGGUAAACAAUGCUGGCGUCUCCACCUUUGGAGAGGUGGAAUUUGCAAGUUUAGACAACUACAAGAAUGUGGCAGAGAUCAACCUGUGGGGCACCGUGAGGGUGACGAAGGCUUUCCUACCCCUCAUUCGGAGAGCUAAAGGCCGUGUGGUGAAUAUCACAAGCAUGUUGGGACGGAUGGCGAGUCCGUCUCGCUCCUGCUAUUGCGUUUCCAAGUUUGGGGUGGCAGCCUUCUCUGACUGCCUCCGGCAGGAGAUGUACCGCUGGGGUGUCAGAGUCAUCCUUAUUGAGCCCAGCAACUUCGUGGCAGCAACGGGCAUCCUGACGGCAGAUGGCAUCGACAAGCAGGCUGAGGCACUGUGGAGUGGAGCCAGCGAUGCUGUGCGGGAGGACUAUGGGAGGGAGUAUUUCACUCACCAUGUGGCGAUGAUGAAGUCCUUUGUAAACAGUGGCCUGAAGGAUAUGUCUCUAGUCUUGAAUGACAUCACCGAUGCACUCACUUCCACACACCCCAAGAACCGUUACAAUCCCAUGGAGACCUACUGGUGGUUGAGGCUGCAAGUCAUGACUCACCUGCCCACUGCCAUUGCAGACUGGCUUUACAUCCCGGGAGCUGCCCUGUAAAUGGCCAUCCUUCGGGGAUCCUUCCAGCGCUCAGACAUACGCAGAGGUUGGAACUGGCUUAGUCAGGGCUAUCUGCGCCCGUUGCUGUUCCAUCUCCCCUGUAGACGUGUGCUUUCACUUUGGGUUAUGGCUUCAAGUCUUACGUUGUGGGAUGCUGAGAACAGCAUAGCUUUUUGAGUUUUGUUUUUGGUUUUCCUAAUUCUUGUUCUUUGUAUUCCUUGCUGUCCUGAUUAAAGUUGAAAGGUGUUUUCCUUUUAACUGUGCAGGACACAGGAAAGCUAACAUAAUGGGUCAAAUAUGUGGUCAGUGUAAUUAGGUCAGCAGAUUUCCACCAGUGAUAAAUUUGGCUUGUUAACGGGCUCUUGCUUUUCCUUACAAGGACAAGCUGCUAGUAGCAGAGCAAAGCUGUUGCUAUGAGAUGUCUCAAAGGGAGAAACUGAAAUGGGAGCAAAAGCAGUUUUCCAUUGGAUUCAAAAUGGGUCAGUCACAGCCAUCAGUUGUUUUCGUGAUACUGCUAGGAAACUCUACUGCGCUGUGACUGCCUGCUCUUUCCUGGAAAACAGCAGCACUGCCUCUGAGCAGCCUCAUUACCCAGCCUGGGGCGGUCCGAUCACCGCAAAGAAGGGCUCUUCCCUCCCACUGUGGCCUGGAGCUGGCAGAGCCAGUGACUGCAGACAGACUGGAUGGGGAAAAGCACUUCUAAAAAUGAGUGAGGUCUGAGCCAUCCCUCAGUCAGUCCCUGUGGGUGCGGGGACUUGCAGCCUCUCUCCACCGGUUACUGAUGAGCUUUGCAGGAUAGGCUUGAAUCUGAUGUAGCAAACAAAUUUGGCUUCUCUGGCUGCUACAUCAGCUACCGGUGCCUGAACUGUUGCACAGCCACUGUCCAGCUGUGCUUCAUCCACAUCACUGCCCCAUGUAAGGCUUCCUCUUGCUGGUGAGGAAGCUGCUUUUGCUUUUUUGCCUUUUGGUUUCAUCCUCUCUGCACUUGGAACAGUGACGGGACGCUGUGCUGUUGGUGUGGCCUGGCUGUGAGCUCUGGAAGGGUGCUUGAAGUGACACGUUCCCUUUUUUUAUUAGUAUUACACAAUGAGAUUUUCAUGUCACACGUGAUUGUUUCCUCAGAACUUCCUGAUAACUGAUAUGAGCCACUUGUGCACAGUAUUCCCAAGAAUGUUGGUCAUAUGCAGAGAUUUCAAUUGUUUUUCCAAGUGCUGGGCUGGCCUGGCUUCAGCCCCGUCCCUCUGCCCCAGUGGUGACCACUAGUGGAGCAGCUGGUGGGCUGUGGGUGCUGCUAGCCAGGUUAGGACGCUAGAGCCUUACUCUAGGGACCAGCUUUCCUUUCUACUGCUGAACUUCAUUCUGUUUUCUCCUAUGGGAGAUUAAGUGACUACAAGAAGAGCUUAUUGUUUGCUCUUUCCUCAUGUGUCUCUCCUAGCUCUGACUUGGAAACUGUGCCAUAAACUUUCUGUGCCACUGGCGAUAAAUGUUUGGAAUCUGCAUUGCAGUCGUGGAUGCUGUGAUGCCUGAGGAGGAAAGCAGGCUCCCUUGGAGAUGCUGUGAUGGUAGCCUGUAUUACAGGUAACAGCUACUGAAAAUGCGGCCUGUGCAGAUCUUUUCUAUUCCAGAUCAUCAGCACGUGGAAAUUGCCUGGGAUCCUGGACUGUGAAUGAUCCCACUGAAGUGCAACUUAAUCAGUAUUGUAAUCACUUCUGCCCUCCUGCACUGUGAAAUGAGUGAUGUUAAGUAGCACUGAUUUGCACAGAGAGAAAUAUAAACUGAGAUUUAUAAAGCACAUGUCUAUGUCUCC